CGAUAUCAAUUGUGAUGGUCAUGAGAGUUGUGGUCUCUCUCAUUAUUGGGAGAAAGAGUCAGCCUUGUGGCGUAGCCUUGUUCUGGAGGCACGACCCCUUGACACGUACGAUAAGAUAAGGCGAGGAGUUGGUCAAAUCCAGGACUAUACAUAUGCUUCAACUAACAGACCUGUUGUCACUUUCUCAAGGGGGCCAUUCACGAGUACUAUUGGAGCAAGAUCACAACUUACAUUGUAGCCUAGCCAUACUUUGACCUCGAUUGGCAUAUACUAUGCGAUGCACCAUUCAACGUCUAUUGAUGCUUGCCAAUGGUAGUGAGAGAGCAAACACAUUGAUACGUUGUGCAACUUUAAAAUGGCACAGCUGAUCCAAGAGACAGUGAUCCCUUCGCCUCCUCCUCUUCCCCCGAACCCAAAGGCCAAUUCUUUGAGAUCAACUAUAUCUGUAAGGUCGAAGAAGUUAGAACCGGCGACGCGGCCAGUGUUCGCCUCCAAAGACGCCGAGCGUCCAUUUGAACCAUGCCCCUUCUUCUUCUAUGGCUCCCUCAUGGACCCUGAAGUUCUACAGGCUGUUCUUGAACUUCCAGAGGCGCCUAUUUUUGAAAGCGGAUCUGUUUGCGGGUUUUCUAUGAAAAUGUGGGGUAUGUAUCCAGCACUUAUACCACACGAAGGCGGGAGAGUUUCGGGGUCAAUGUGGAGAGUCAACACCGAAUCACAUUUCCUCCGGUUGAAGGAGUAUGAGACCUCCGCCUAUACUUGGUGUGCGUGCGAUAUUGAAUUGAGUAGCGAGGAGGUUUUGAGUGGCUGUAGAACCUUCUGGUGGGCAGGGGAUUCUGAUAGCAGAGAGCUCGAGGAGGGAACCUUUGAUCUUCAACGCUACCAGAGGUAUUUCAAAGCCUCUGUUGUUCGAAAAUAUCCGUAGAGAGGGGUUAGCAGAAUUGGCCGUGCUAGCUUCUCCACAAUAUGAUAUUAUUUUCCUAUU